CCUCGGGGUGCCCUCGCCGUGCCUCGGGGCCAUCAUUCAACGUUUCGGGAGGAACACCAGCCCCAGGGAGAGGGUCGGGACUUCCAGGGGCGUCAUCCUGAGGAAAUCAGGACGUCGCAUGUCUGGGUCUCUGUCCCCCCAUCACCAACCUGAAGCAGAUCCCUGUGCCUAUGACUGGCAUCGCCAUGUCUCGGUGCCGGGGCCGGGUGCUGACUUUAAACACUCCUUCAGUUUCUGAGGGCACGUAUUUGAGAUGGUCAUCGCCCUGGGCGUGUCAAUCUUACGGGCGUGGAGAAGCUCAAGGCCGGUUACCCCAGGAGCGGCCCUCGCUCUCGGUGCCGACGCCUACCUGCGGGCGUCCGACGAGAGGUACGCUUCCUUCGGAACGAUCCUGGCGCCAGCGCCGUUCAAGGAAACGCUUCGCACGGAGCUGGUGCCCGGGCAGAUCUGGGGGUUUGAGCAGUGCAUCGCGCUCCUGUCGGUCUCCACGAACAUCCGGAUGACGGCGGUGAGGCUGCGGGACGGCAGGUUGUGGGUCUCCGCGCCGAUCUCGCCGACCCGGCAGUGCCUGCGGGAGCUGGACGAGCUCGGCGAGGUGGCCCACCUGGUCGUCCCUUCCACGGCGCUGGAGCACAAGGCGUCGCUGGCGGAGUUUGCGCGCAUCUACCCGCGCGCGGCCGUGUGGGUGGCGCCCGGGCAGGAGGCGCAGCCGCUGCCCAUGCCGGCCGGCAGCCGCGUGCUGGGGCAGGGGCCGGAGCCGCCGUGGGCGGAAGAGCUGCCCUACAAGGUGUUCUACGUGGCGCCGCCCGUGACGGACACGUUCGCCGAGGUUGCGUUCUUACACCGCGACAGCGGCACACUGCUGGUGACCGACUGCGCGCUGAAGCUCUCGCAGGCGGCGCCCAAGAUAUUGGAGUCCUACGGCUACGAUGGGACCCCCGGCCCUAUCUCCCCGGAGCAGUGGCGCUACAAGGCCAUCCCGCCUCCGAUCAAUCGCCUUCGACUUUGUGACCGCGCGGGGCCGCGACGAGGCGGACUUCGAUGCCCUGGCUCGCCCGCCCGCGAUCGUCAACCCGCUGCUGCGCUUCCUGGUCUACCGAAGAUGCGCCGACCAGGCUCGCGCCUGGGUGGAGGACGUCGCGAGGUGGCCCUUCGUGCGCAUCGUGCCAGCCCACCUGCAGGCGCCAUUCGAUUGCUCCCCGGCUCAGUUCCUGGAGGCGUUCGGGUUCCUGUUCGGCAGGCAGAGCUCCUGGGAGCCGGAGGACGAGCAGCUGGCGUUCCUGCGGGCCUUGCGCGAGCAGGUCGGCGGCCCCGAGUUCUGAGGCCCCCCGGCGCGCGCUGUGCGCCACCACGGGGGCGGCCGCGCCCUCCCCCCCCCUUCCGCCCGCGAGGGGUUUGGGCGGGGUCCUCCUCCUAUCGUUGAAGCUUGAACGGUUGGCGAGGUGGUGGAAGCCCAGCCCCACACCGUCGCGUGGGGCUCUUGCCGUAGUCGUGCAGUUUUCGCGGUGUGCCAAGACAGACCGAUCGUUUUUUGCCGCCUCGCAGCUCUGGCACGAAAAGCGGCGCGCCUGGUCCCGGCAGACGGAGG